UUCGAACUUAAUCACCAUUGAAAUGGGGAGUCUAAAUUUAUUCGUGUUUUUUUUAGCGAUUAUAUCUAUCGUUCGAUCUAUCGAUGAUCGCGAAUUAUUUGACGAUAAUUGCAUGGUAACCGGAGUCAAUAUAGUUACGAAUUUGGGAGUUAUUUACGUAACUUGGAUCCCGGUGGAUUUAACAUUAUGUCCCCACGCCAAAGAUUAUCGUUUAAGCUACCAAGUCGAACACGCAGAAUGGGUUGGACCACUUACAACGCUGACACCCGAUUCCACCAUCAUAAUGAUCGAGUAUGGAGAGAUAUUUUGUGAAAAAAUUAGGUUCGAAAUACAAACUUAUAGUGAUGAAGUUACUUCGUUGGCUACGUUGGAUCUUUCAUAUGAUAGGGAUUUACCAACCCCGAACGUAAAUGGGGUCGAAGAAGUUGACGGAAAAUUAAUUGUGAAGUGGGAUCCUCUAUGGGAUAACUCAAAAACCGAUUGCGUUGUUUCUUACUCAAUAAAAUACAACGAUCAACAAGCCAAUAUCACGGAAGACAAUUAUUUCGAAAUCGACUCUAACGAUUUAAGCGUGUGCACAACAUCCCCAAUUGAAAUUGUUGCUUCUAGUAACGGAUAUAACUCAUUACCCAACAAUUAUCUUUAUAAAAGAAAUCUCCCCGCACUAAAAUUAAUCGACUCACCCGACCAAAGCAUCAUCUUUGAAUCUGUUAAAGACGCGCCAAGCAAUUGCGGCGAAAUCUCCUACAAAAUCAUCCAAAACGACUCAAAAUGUUUAAGAUAUUCAUACACAGUAAAAGCAUCAACAACCAGCGAAUACGAAUCCGAAGAAAGUUACGUUGAGAUCCAAAAAAUUCCGGGAAGCGUUCAAAAUUUAAUCGCAAAAACCACCGAAACCGAAAUUAACCUCACUUGGGAACCCCCAACGUUCUUAAAAAAAUGCGACGUAAAAUACAAAAUUAAUUACGAUGAAAAUUCAAUAACAACUCACGUUACUAAUGUUAAUUUGGAUGUUAAUUUGAUUUCUUGCGUUGGAUACCCCGUUGGUAUCUCUGCAAUUAUUGAAUCUGAGGGAGUACCGAUUGAGGGUGAAUCAACGUCGAUUUUGGCUUACGGAAAGAUUGGAAGUGUUGAAAAUUUAAAUUGCCUCUUAAAUAGUAAUAGGAAGGUUGAGUGUUCUUGGGAUGAACCUUUAAAUAGCGAAAAAUGUGAAACAAUUAAUUACCGCUUGAAUUAUUUUGAUGGAAACGCAAUUGUGAGCACGACCACUGCAGAUUUAUCGAUUCAAUUGGAAGGAAUUGGUUGCGAAUCGGGUUGGGUGUCUGUUCAAACAUUGCAAAUGGUCGGUGAGGAAAUUAUUAAUGGGGAAGAAGUUGAAACUGCAAUUGAAGCGACCUUAGAUUUACAGUAA